CUCCUGGUUCUUUAAAUCCCGACGGUCAAUUGGCGCCCCUGUUUAUAGAACAUCGUUCAGUAAAGCCUCUUCUGAAGGCCAUCGGUCCCCGCCCUGGCCCUCUUCCUCCGUGCAGUAAGAAGUUGGGAAUUGUUACACGGUCCCUUACAGCGGGUUGUUGCCACUGCUCCUCCUCACCUUUCGCCAACGCCUCUUUCUCCCGAAGUUGGUCGCCUGCGCCAAGGCCUUCCUUAUAUGGGCACGGCCCCGAACGGCGUCCGCUCAUUGGCUGGGAGCGUCACGCGCGUGUCUGUCAACAAAGGGGCGGAGGGGAACUAGUCGCGCCCCGGUCCGCGCGAGGGUCGCAGGGAGACGAGCGGGGAGGCGGGUCCGGUUCCACACGGCGCGCAUGCGUGGGUGCCGCCUGGCCCCCUGCCGGCGCCCGGGGGGGGGCUCGCGGGUGCCCUGUGGAGGACCCCGCCACUACCCAGGUCGUGAGAUGCCGUGACCCCCACCUGUCUGCCACCAUCCCCCAGAAUGGACCGCAGCAGCCUCCUGCCCUUCCAGCUCUGGUGUCCCCGGCCCUUUGGCACCUACUCCCAGAACCAGCCACGCCCGCCUUCCACAGCCCUCAAGCCGUCCGCCUGCCCGGAGCCAGGCAGCGGGGCUGAGCUGGACCAUGGGCCUGCCCACUCGGAGAACACACCCCCCAGCCUGGCCACCGAGGCCCCUGCCUCCCAGCCUGCCCCGCUGCUCUCCACAGCAGCCGCUGGCGACGAGGGUCGAGUCCUGCUGGACACGUGGUACGUCAUCAAGCCCGGGAACACAAAGGAGAAGGUGGCCUUCUUUGUGGCCCACCAGUGCGGUGGGGGUAGCCGGGCCAGCUCCAUGAAGGUCAAGGGGCACUGGGGUAGCGAGAGCUCCAAGGCUAAGCGGCGGAGGCGCUGCCUUGAGCCCACCAAGGCUCCACCAGACCCAGGAGGCCGUGAGGGGACCCCUACUGCUGAGGGGGCCCUCACCUCAGCCACCGAGGACGUGGACCUGCUCUCCGUGGCUGAGAUGGUAGCCCUGGUAGAACAGCGGGCUGCCCUCGCCCUACAGAACUACCCGCACCCUGGCACCCCAGCUCCCAUGGUCUUCGUGUCGGCCGAGCAGGGUGGGCCGGCCAAGGGGUUGGGGCCCGAACGGCGGGCUGGCAGCGGGGAUUGCAGCCGCGUGGCCGAGGCGGUGGCGCACUUCGAGGCCCAGCUGGACAACCCUCCGGCCAAGGGUCUCCGCAAGGAGGAGCGGCCUGGGCCGGGCCCGGGAGAGGUGCGCAUCGCCUUCCGCAUCUCCAACGGCCGGGAGCCCCGUGCGCCUGAUGGCAGCUUGCCCAAUGGGGGUGGGGGCCGGCCCGGCUGUGCCUAUCCUGGCAGCCCAGGCCCGGGAGCCCGAGCCAAGGACAAGAUCACCUGCGACCUGUACCAGCUCAUCAGCCCCUCGCGGGAUGCCCUCCCCAGCAACGUGGAGUUCCUGCUGGCGAGGGCAGAUGAAGCCAGUGAGGGCGAGACCCCAGCCCCCGCCAGGCCUGAGGACACUCCCCCGGCACCCCCUCCGCCCCCCGCCCGGGACUGUGGAGCCUCUGGCUUCCACGUGGACGUGGUGGUGACAGGCGUGGUGGACGAGUGCAUCUUCUUCGGCAAGGAUGGCACUAAGAACGUGAAGGAGGAGACGGUGUGCCUGACCGUCAGCCCGGAGGAGCCCCCCCCACCCGGCCAGCUCUUCUUCCUCCAGGCCCGCGGGCCCGACGGGCCUCCCGAGCCACCCCCAGUUGAUGCCCCAGCCACCACGCCAGGGCCCGACGAUGCUGACGGGGUGGCGGACACCUCCCUCUGCCGCCUCUACCGGCACGUGUCGCACGACUUCCUGGAGAUCCGCUUCAAGAUUCAGCGUCUGCUGGAGCCGAGGCAGUACAUGCUGUUGCUGCCCGAGCACGUGCUGGUCAAGAUCUUCAGCUUCCUGCCCACGCGGGCCCUGGCGGCCCUCAAGUGCACCUGCCACCACUUCAAGGGCAUCAUUGAGGCAUUUGGCGUGCGGGCCACAGACUCGCGCUGGAGCCGCGACCCGCUCUACCGCGACGACCCCUGCAAGCAGUGCCGCAAGAGGUACGAGAAGGGUGACGUGUCGCUCUGCCGCUGGCACCCCAAGCCCUACCACCACGACCUGCCUUACGGACGCUCCUACUGGAUGUGCUGCCGCCGAGCUGACCGCGAGACGCCCGGUUGCCGCCUGGGCCUGCACGAUAACAACUGGGUGCUGCCCUGCAAUGGGCCGAGUGGAGGCGGGGGCCGGGGCAGCCGGGAGGAGGGGAGGUGAAGCCGGGGGAGGGGGGGGCGGCCCACGGUGCCCACCCCCUCCCCCCUGGGAGCCGAGGGCCAGGACAGGGUCACCAGCCCACACCCCCAGUCCAGGGAGCCCUGAUUCUCCUCCGUUACUGUGAUGGGGUUCAGGGGAUGACCCAGGAAAGCAGGCACUGACUGACCGACCCCUGGUGGUUUUCUACUCUUCAGACCCAGGGCCGGGGACCUUCCAGGAGGGCGUUUUGUUUUGUUUUGUUUUAUCAGCAUCUCAAUUUCUUCUCCAUUCAGCCACAACACCCUCCCUGCCACUGUCUACACCCCAGGGACCCACCAGCAGGGAGCAGGCGGCAGCUAAUUUUGGUGACACUUAAAAGUUUCCUCCAUUCUGGUCUUUCCUGCUCCCUCCACCCAGUUCUUUGUCUCUGGGGCUGUUUUCUCCCAAGAGGCUGCAGCACCCGCAAUUAGACCCUCUUCUGUCUUCCCACAUCAGGGGUCACCUCCUCUUCAGGAACUGGGGGCCAUCAGAUCCCAGGUCGGAUUUGGCACUUUUUAUGGUAACCUGCCUUUUCUAGAUGUUCUCCCCUUUAAUAAAUAGAAAUUAUUGUUUUCUCCUUAACCUCAAGCUACCAGUCUCUCUCUUUCUAGAGGAGACGAGGGAAGGAAGGAAGGAGGGGGAAAAGUUGAAAUAGAAAAACUCGCCCUUCUCACUAUUUAAGCCAUUGCCAUCAUUCACACACUUAAACACACACACACACACACACACCCAUAAAAAAAGCUGUGAAGCCCUUUGCCUCGCUUUUGACAGCGUGGGGGGUCAGUGGGCAGGGACUCUGGGUUUGAAUUUCUAGGUGGCUUUCCCUUCCACUCUGGGUACUUGUUCAGGCAUUGGGGUCUCUUCACCCCCUAGGCACAUGUAUUUCUUUAGAAUCCUUUGGUUAACUGGGACCUUGAUUUUCAAAAUGGCAAUUUAGUCUGGGGUAUUUUUGUUUGUUUUGUUUGGGGUUUUGUUUUUUUGUUUUUUCAUCAUUGUGGUUCUGGAAGCUUCUAGCUUGUGGCAUCUGACCAGGUUUGAAUUGGUCCUUUCUAUAAAGUCAAUAUUUAUAAGGUU